GCUGCCGCACAAUGUCCACCUGGACUGAAUCCGCUACAGUCCAAUGGUCAGCCGGCCACGUGUUCUCCUCAAGAUCUGUGCAGGUGUGAGCAACUACGAGCAGGAUCGAGUUGUCAGUACUCGCAGCAGCAUAUGGGAUACAUCUGCUGUGUUGGACAAGCACAGCAAUGUGGAAUGUCGUCGUCGCCACUAAUCUCAUCCACCGGUCAGACUGUCCAGUGUCAGUCGUUGAAUGAUUGCCCCAGUGGAUUCAGCUGUCAGCAAGGAAUCUGCUGUGCCAGCGGAACUAAUCCUGCGUGCUCAUCCGGUCAAUGCAUGACCGGCCAGGUGUUCGUCAACGGUCAAUGCUACAAUAUCGUGCCCAUCGGUUCGACGUGUCAACGAACGGAGCAAUGUCGUGGAGGUUCGAUAUGUACGAAUUCGCGUUGUGAAUGCCCAUACGGAACCAGCAACGUCGAUGGGGAAUGCAGACAAUAUGGGAGUGCCUGCGAAUUAGGAAUGGUGAUGGUGAAUGGCCAGUGUGAAUCGCUAUCGUCUCCAGGGAUGAGCUGUUUUGCACAAGAACAGUGCAUCGAUAACUCUCAAUGCCUCGGGAAUACCUGCAGUUGUGUCCAGGGAUACAGCUUAAUAAAUGGAUACUGCAUCAGAUAUACGGGAGGGCCAUGUCAGCCAACUCAGACCCUUGAUAAACAAUCAAUGCGUGACGUAUUCAAUUGUCAGCGGACCCUGUACACUGCUAUGUAUGGCUUCUGUAUCCGAGACACCACCAGUCUCCAAUGCAGUGGUUCCGAGGUUUACGUCAACAGACAAUGCUAUCCGAUGGCGGUUGUUGGUGGUCCAUGUAUGUUCAACGAGCAGUGCACUGGCUAUUCCCAAUGUACGAACGGUUACUGUACGUGCCCAAAUGGUGCACCAGCAACUAAUGGCAUGUGCAACAUCCAAAACAACGGUUGCAAGUCUUAUCAGGUACGAAAUCCUUCUGAAUUAUUUCAACAUUACAUCAGAUCUUUAAGCGCAAUGUUCCUCGACCGGGCCCAUUCUGUCAUAGUGUGCCAGGGGUACGGUAACCCUAAUUUAGUGCAA